CUCUUGCUUUCCAUUUCUUUUCUUUCUUCUUAUCAUCAUUCUUUCUGUGCGUUUGUGUCUCUGAUUCACAUAUUUUUUUUUUUUUUUUAGUCCUUUUCAAAAUAUAAGCAAAGAUGACAAUCCUCAUUGAGCAACCCGAACAUGUGUCACAUGUUGAGAACAAGAAACUUUGUUCAGAAACCAAUGAAUUGGUACUAGAUGGCGGUUUUGUGGUGCCUAAAGAUUUGUCAAACCAUGGAUGUGUUAUAUCAGAAAUUUUCGUGUCAAAUAAUGAAUUUAUUGCCCCAGAAAUCAACUCAUUUGGCCAGUCCUUCAGAGACUAUAACGCAGAGAGUGAGAGGCAGAAAACCGUGGAGGAAUUUUACCGGUUGAACCACCUUAACCAAACCUACGAAUAUGUGAAGAGGAUGAGGGAGGAGUAUGGAAAGUUGAACAGAGCGGAAAUGAGUAUAUGGGAAUGCUGUGAACUCCUCAAUGAGGUUGUGGAUGAUAGUGAUCCUGAUUUGGAUGAGCCUCAAAUUGAGCACUUGUUGCAAACUGCUGAAGCUAUUAGAAAAGACUACCCAGAGGAGGAUUGGUUGCACUUGACUGCUCUUAUCCAUGAUCUUGGAAAGGUUCUUCUUCUGCCUGUCUUUGGAGGGCUUCCCCAAUGGGCUGUUGUUGGAGACACUCAUCCUCUGGGGUGUGCUUUUGAUGAAUCCAUAGUCCACCACAAGUAUUUCAAGGAAAAUCCAGAUUGCAACAAUCCUGCUUACAAUACAAAGAAUGGAGUUUACACUGAAGGGUGUGGACUAGACAAUGUAGUGAUAUCAUGGGGACAUGAUGACUACAUGUAUUUGGUGGCCAAGGAAAAUAGAACAACAUUGCCUUCGGCUGCAUUGUUCAUUAUCCGAUACCAUUCGUUCUACCCUUUACAUAGAUCAGGAGCAUAUAAACAUCUCAUGAACAAGGAGGAUGAAGAGAACUUGAAGUGGCUUAAGAUAUUCAACAAAUAUGACCUCUACAGCAAGAGCAAAGUUAGAGUAGAUGUAGAGAAGGUCAAGCCUUACUAUUUGUCCCUAAUUGAAAAGUAUUUCCCAGCAAAGCUCAAAUGGUAAAACACAAGCCUGGAGAGUGGAGAGGAUUUUCACCAUACUUGAUUUGAAGAUAAUUGAUCCUUCGACUUUGAUUCAAGCCUUUCAUUUGCUUACUGAUACA